AUGAGUUCAUCAACAACACCAGCAGCAACAACAUCAACAUUUGACAUUACAUCAUUGUCAGACCUGUUGCUGCUAUAUAUAGUAGAGAGAAUAGAUGUUAAUAUAGAUAGAGUAUGCUUCUUGGUCACAUGUCAUAGGAUACAUCGAAUAUGUUCAAAGCACACCGAUGAAUCACCUCUCUCACUAUCAUUCCAAGAAUACGAUCGUGUCGUAGACCUAAUGACCAACUAUGACGACUCAAACUCUGACAUGGACACUGACGACAGCAGUAGUUGUGGAUACAUUGAUAAUCUAGAUAAACGGUGUCAUCACGAAGAUGACGAUAAUGAUAACGAUUACGAUAAUGAUAAUGAUCAAUCGGGCGAUGGCGACUCGGUCAACUAUAUGAUUGAACCAAUGUACUUCACUGUGGAAUCGACAACACAACAGAUACCGCGAGGCGUCACGCACCUGACGCUCUAUCAUCAGUUCAACUUGGAUAUACCGCCAGGGUGGAUGCCCUCGAGCGUGCGCCAUCUGGUCCUCUCAAACAGCUUUGACAAACCGAUUGGCAAAGGCGUGCUGCCGCCGCGACUAGAGUAUCUGUCACUGGGCAAGAAGUUUAGCAAGACGAUCGAUGUUGGUGUACUGCCCAAGACGUGCAAGACACUGCGGAUCGCAUGCUAUCUCCAUCACUUUGACGCGGCAUCAAUCGAGCCCGUCACCACAAUGAUCAUAGCCACCAAAAACAUCAAGCCACUGCCGCGCGACUCGUCCAUCCGGCACGUAGAACUCACGGGCGACAUCUUCCGCAUUGUCGACGGGAUGGUACCGCCUACCGCCACACACCUCACACUGAGCAAUCACAUGCCCAUCGACACACACGACGUGCCGCCCAGCGUCAGCAAUCUCACUCUCGUCCGCUUUGAGCAGGGCGACACCAUCCCAGACACUGUACGCCAUCUAACCGUUUCACAGCUGACGCGCGUCCGUCAGGGCUGUCUGCCUAAUCGUCUGCUGAGUCUGACCAUCCAUCAGGAGAUCACGACGAUUGACAACAGCUCACUGCCGCCCAGUUUGAAGGAGUUGAAUCUGGUGGCCAAGUACGCACACUCGCCCGUCAUCCCAAUCGAAGCGAUCGCAUCACUCUGCACUCUCAAUCUAUAUAAUCACGGCAUCAUCGAGUCGAUAUACAUUCGCAACUUUAACAAUGGACAUUUACUGAUUGUGGACGAGCGACUGUUUGGUGGCUUCAUCGACUUGGCGCGCAUCAACCUGGACGUUGGCGAGAUGAUCUUUGACCUCUGUUGCCUUGGUCAAUACGACAGUAAGACAUCCAUACUCAAUAUCCGAGAUCCAAAAGGCAAGCGAAUAAACCUAACAACCUCCUGA